UAUUACCGUUUAGUGAUAGAACAAGUUAAGGGAGCUAGAGUCACCAGAGAGCUGCCGUAUAGUUCACACUCAUGUGUGGUUGCGGCUGCUGACUGUCUAAACCAAAGCCAGAGAAAAUAAAAACCUUAGAUUGCGGCGAGUGGAUCGAUUGAAGCCAAGGAAUUACUACGAUCUUGUCAACACGUAAUUAAAACUCGUAAUUGCACAGUCGCCUAUCAACAACAGAUUAUGACUGCCUUCACAAGAUAUUCCAAUGAGAUUGGCAGCGAUUGACCAAUCACGGCGCUCGUUGGCUUGAUGACGUCGUUAAGUGGAUGGGCCUAUAAUAAUCAAAGGAUAUGGGCAUGGCCGACGGAGUUUAUCAUCUGUAGAUGAUAGUUAAAAAACCACAUAAAUCUGCACUACUCACGUUCAAUAAGUAUUGCUCAGUUAUUAUAUUAUAGGCAGUGUAUACGCGUGUCAUCUGCUCGCAUACUUCAGUUGACUGGGGACGUACUGACUCAUUAGCACCAGCAGUCAAUGAUUUCUCUGCCGGUGGGAUAUAAAUCGCAAGAUUUUAGUCCCAACUACCGCAUUACAGUAGAAGCUCAUUCUUGACCAAAUCGGACAAUACAAACCGAGAGAGAAAAAAAUGGAAGGCCACAAAUCCUUCUCAAUCGACGCUCUUCUUUCUAAAGAUCCACCGUGUUCGGCGAGGGUGGUCAAGCCCCGGAGUCCGACCGCAGCGACCACUGCCAGCACGCUGACUGCCGUCCAAUACGCCGGUUUGCAGGGGCAGCUUCACGCUGCGUUGAGUGAGAGGCUAGCGUACCUCCACGCUCACGUACCGACCAGCCAGGGUGCUAACUCGGCCAGGAUGCUCGCAGCUACCGGUAGCAUCAUCCCCAAGCCGGGGUUAUUAAACCUCCAGCCUCCCACGAUCCACGGUGGUGCCGUGGUCUCCAAGCAGUGCUCGGUAAGCGGAGGGAUGCCCGUGCCGGCAAUCUACGCUCAUCCCCUGUAUGCUGGGUAUCUGAACGGUCAGCACCACGGAGUAGCCCACCUGAGUGCGUUUCAUGCUGCUGCAUCUGAACACAUGUUGAUGAAGGCUGCUUCACAUGGAGCAGGUCUACCCGGUGGGAUCCCGAUGGAUUUCAUUCGGGGCAGUAUGAUGAUGCCUCGAAUGGGAGACUAUCCUGCCUCAUUUCCCGUUCGGUCCCUUUGGAAUAUGAAGACACGGGCUUACUGCCGGUGUGGGUUGAAGAGGGAAGGAGGGGAGAUUGACGGCAAGGAGGCAGUAGGGAGGAGAGAAGAUGCAGGUCGAAGACAGCUUCCGUCAACAGUUUGUGAGAUGCUCAUGAAACGUCUUAAACCUUAUCUUGGUUGA